AUGGAUAACAGUAAAUACCAAAUGACAAUUGAGAAAACCGAUGAAUCUGUUUUUGAUAAAGUCACCCCCGAAUUAAAUUUAGUAAAAGAUGAACCCCAAGAAGUUGAAACGUUCAGUAAGUCCGAUAGUGGUUCUUUUAUUGAUUCGUACUCUAUGGAUUACCACGAUAAUAUGGAAAACAUUGAUAAACAUGUAAAAAUUGAACGUGAUGACAAAAUUGACCUUUGCUACGAAGAUAUCAAAACGGAAAUCGUGGAUAAAGGUAACGUGACCGACGAUAUUCGCGAUGACGACAUGACUCAGGACAGCAAGUUGGUGCAAGUUGCUGAUUCAUAUUCUAUGGAUUACCACGAUGAUAUGGACAACAUUAAUGAUGGGAAAAAAAUUAAAUGUGAAGUUGAAAUCGACCUUGUCUACGAAAAUAUAAAAAAGGAGAUCGGGAAAGAGGAUAAUGCAACCGACGAUAUUCGCGAUGACAACAUGACUCAAGACAACAAGCUGGUGCAAGUUGCUGAUUCAUAUUCUAUGGAUUGCCACGAUGAUAUGGACAACAUUAAUGAUAGGAAAAAAAUUAAAUGUGAAGUUGAAAUCGACCUUGUCUACGAAAAUAUAAAAAAGGAGAUCGUGAAAGAGGAUAAUGCAACCGACGAUAUUCGCGAUGACAACAUGACUCAAGACAACAAGCUGGUGCAAGUUGCUGAUUUAUAUUCUAUGCAUUGCCACGAUGAUAUGGACAACAUUAAUGAUGGGAAAAAAAUCAAAUGUGAAGUUGGAAUCGACCUUGUCUACGAAAAUAUAAAAAAGGAGAUCGUGAAAGAGGAUAAUGCAACCGACGAUAUUCGCGAUGAUGACAUGACUCAAGACAACAAGCUGGUGCAAGUUGCUGAUUCAUAUUCUAUGGAUUGUCACGAUGAUAUGGACAACAUUAGUGAUGGGAAAAAAAUCAAAAGUGAAGUUGAAAUCGACCUCGUCUACGAAAAUAUAAAAAAGGAGAUCGUGGAAGAGGAUAAUGCAACCAAUAUUUGUGAUCGCGACAUGACUCCAGGUGUCAAGUUGCUAUGUGCAUUUUACCUCAGUACAGUGACCGAAUCAAAGUCGCAAUGUCAGCAUAUAAUUCUUUAUAAAUAUUGA